AUAGACAGAUAGACAGACUCUCGCAGUCGACGCCUCAUGUCACCUCUCCUUCCGUCCUUCCUUCCUUUCCUUCUGUCUGCUUCGAUCAAAUCUCCAUUGCUCUCCCUCUGCAAAUCUGUAAUCAUGAAAUCUCGGGGAGAAGAACAAGAAGAAGAAGAAGAGGAGCCCAUAGCGGAUGAUGGCCUAGAGGUAAUCUCCAUUGGUUCGCUGUACAGAGGGCGGUGGGAGAAGAAGUACUGGAGCUGCUCUAGGGGGAAAAACCGAUAUCCUUAUCCAGUUGGAUAUCAUGCUGUUCGGUUUCAUGAUGGGAACGGAUUUGAGAUGGAAAUCCAUGAAGGUUCUAUAGGGCCUUUAUUUGAGAUUACGACUGCUCACGGACAUUCCUGUUCUGGACCAACCCCCAAUGUUGCUUGGGAGAAAUUUCAGAAGAAAGGUGUUCCCCGCAAGAAGAUCCGGCAUGAUAAGAGGUUUUCAUGCAAAAUUGAUGGUGUUGAGCUUUUCGGUUUUAAAGAUCAAGUUGUUCAGAGAUUUCUUAGGGAGCUUGUGGCAGAUCUACAUAGAAGUGCAGGGUGUAGUCUACUAUCUCCCACCUACUGCAAUGGAGCUGCAGUAGCUGAAAUGGAAAGUGAAUGCACGGAUUUACGUGCAUACCAGAACUCAUCGGCUUUCCUGCCUAAGCCACUAACUACAGGAAAUAUAAGCCAGAAGCAUGAAAAAAUAGUUAAUGAGUCAGAGAGAGCAGCUAGCCCCGAAAGACUUAAAACUGAGAUGCAGAAUGAUAUUGAGGUUAUAUCUUCAAGCAGAAAACGGCGGAGGAAUUCCAAGAACACUGAAAUCAUGGAUUUCCCUGCUUCAAAAGAGGUGGUUUUGAAAGAAUUUCAAGGAACGCUUCCAAGAAAAGCAUGCCCAAGCCAUGUACUGGAGGCAUGUGAAUUGCUUAAAGCAGCUGGAGAAGGUUUGACUCCUAGCAAUUCUGAUGAUGUUUGUAGUCUUGUUAGGGAAGCUGCAACUUCUGAGGGAAACAAGCAGGAGCAUCCAGAAAUUUGCAGAUCAAUUACCAUAACUGACAACAUUUCACUUGAUAGGUUAUGUAUUGAGGAAAUGGAUCCCUUGAAUUCUUCAGUGCUGAUGGAAAGUAUAGAUGAAGAAGCUGCAAUCGUAGAAGACUCUGAGGACAUUACUGACAGUGAUGCAGUUCUUAUUGUGGAUGACACACCAGAUGAGUUGUCAGAGGACGAACCAACUGCAGCCCAUACGAACUGGAAUGAAGGUUUUGUGAGUGAAUCACAUCCAAAAGAACUGGACACCCAAUAUUCAGGUGGGAGCUCAGAAAAGAGUGAAUUUGACUCUGUUGGUCAGGAAAUAGCUCAAUCUAUGAUGGCAGUUCUGCUUCCCCAAGCACUUCCUCUUCUCAGAAGGGGCUCAAGGAAGAAAAGGGAGAGAAAGGGAAGGACUUGUCUGGUGCAAAAUCCUCCAAAUAACAGCAAACUUCAGGAGAAUGACAAUAUUGACAGUUUGGUGAAUGUAUCAUCUCCUAGUGCAGAUGUAACUAUCUCUAAACUUGAUCUAGUGAAUGGGAAAAAAGUGCCAGCUCAGGAUGCAGAUGUUGACAUUGCUGCCAAAAAUAUAGAACAUGCUUACAGUGCUGCUGCUCCUGAAGGUUCAGGGAAUCAUCAACAUACACCUCAAGCGGAUUAUUGGGAUUCAUUGGAUGAUCAGGACAUACUGGAUUUUAUAGAAACAAGUGAAAUGGCGAAUAUUGUCUAUCAUGAUAAACAGCAUGCGCCUUUUGAUGAGAAGCUUCGGGAGAAUGACUCGAAUGCUUCUGGGCAGUUGUUGCCUCAGAAUUUUCAGAGGCAUGAACUUAUUUCAGAAAGAUCGGGUUUUCUAUAUGCUGGCCUGAAUUCUGACCCUAAAUCAUUUGGAAUACAUCAUGAGGAGCAAGGAUUUAAGAUUGCAUCCAUCAAUUCUGAAGCCCAUGGUGUUAAUGAUGCUAAUGCUCAGAAUGCUAAAGCUGAUGAUGAAACCGGAGAUGCAGGCAAUGGAAAUUGUAGUCACAUUCCAAGUGCAAGGCUUCUAAGUAGAAUGUGUGAAGCACCCCUCUCAGAAAGCACUGUGCAUAGAAAUUCUGGAAAUAAUUAUCUCAGAGAAAGAUGCCCUAUUGAUGGACACCUGAUGGCUUGUGAAACAUGUGAAGUCUGUUCUAACGAACAACCUAAUUAUUCCAGAUCUAAUGCCGACGAAUCCUUGCUUGAUGGCCAGCGUAAUGUUUCCUGCAGAAAGUAUUCUACUGCAAAUGGCAAACUUAAGUUAAAUGGAGUCCCUGUAGUAUCAGAAAAUGAGGUAUCUAUUUAUACCUCCAGUGAUAGGGGUACCUCUGGUUCUAUUGUUCCGUCUGUCUCAAAUGUUGAAAAAUCUCAAUCCUGUGUACACAUGGGUUUGGAUGUAAAGAAAGACAUUGUCAAGUUAAACAACUGUUUAUUAUAUCAAACACCAACUAGAGGCUUCCCUGAUAUCACAUCAUCUGCUGCCAAGGAAGAUCAAGUAGUUUCUCAACGACUCGAUGGGCAUGUGAAGGCUUACACUGAGCUCAAGGGCAUUCUUCAGUUUGUAGGAUGCUAUUCUCAUCCCCUACCUACACUAUCAGUAUUGCUAGGACGAUAUGGGAGUGUAAUAUACUUGUGCGUUCAAUGUGGCCUUCUAGUAGAUGAAGUAAGGACUCUUUUUCUCUACAAGUUACUGACUGAAGAGCCAAGGAUAGGUUGCCCUUCUUUUAUUGGUCAGACAUCACUUCUUCCUCCAAUUUCAAAACCCAGCUUUGGUGGAAUAACGCUCGAAAGAACGUGGUUUCAAAUGACACCAGAUGGGCAAAGGCUGAUAUUGCUUGGGAAUGCCAAAACACCAUAUUGCAGGGAAAGAAGAAUUUCAUGUUCAUGCUCAACAUGUGCAUCAGUCUGCUUGGAUGAUUAUGCAAUUCGAAUUGUUCAAGUAAAUAUUGGAUAUGUGACAAUUGUGUUGAACCUAAAAAGCGUAGAUAGAAUACUCUCAGUACUGGUUUGUGAGCCUAACCGUCUGGUUGCCACUGGAGAGAGUGGAGGACUGCAUUUGUGGAUUAUGAAUCGGACAUGGAGUGUACAACUAGAAGAAUUUGACCUACCCGCUUAUGGGUGCUUCUCUCCUUGCAUAGUGGAAUUGAAGAAAGUCCCGAAACAUGCAUCGCUCCUUGUCGGCUCUAAUGGUUUUGGGGAAUUUACCGUAUGGGAUAUUUCAAGACGCAUCUCCGUAGCCAAGUUCACUGCUCUGAGCACCAUAGUCCACCGCUUUCUUCCGAUCAGUUCAUUUAGCUUGAGAUGGAAAGAUACAGCUUCCAGCAGAUCCAAUGUGGACGAGCAUAUAAAUGAAAUUAUGGCUGCAACGACAAGAACGUUCCAAGAGUCUGAUGGCAGCCAUCCCUCUCUUCAUCUUCAACUAGAAGGGGGAGAACUCGCCCUCUGGCUUCUUGUAUCUGCUGUCUCUGAUGCUGAAGAUGACUGCCUACGAAAUGCUUCUGAGGUAAAUUCUGUUGCUUGGUGGAGACUGGCUCUACUGGCAAAGAAUGCGAUGAUCCUGGGAAGCCCUCUCGAUCCGAGGGCUGUUGCUAUAGCUGCAUUAUCGGGUCAUGGGGUGAUCGGUACACGCGAUGGAAUCGUCUACCUCUGGGACUUAUCUACGGGAAAUAAACUCGGCACGCUACAUCACUUUAUUGAAGGAAAUGGCAUUUCUUGUAUAGCAACGGAUGAUUCAACAUCAAGCAUCUUAGCGGUGUGUGGCAACAAUGGGGAGGUGAUGGUGUAUCAGCAGCCUCAUGGGGGCAGUGCAGAUUAAGUCGGGAAGAAGAGAACCCAUUUUACUGCUCUCGGUUGGGUCUCUCUUUCACGUAUUAUAAAAUGUUAUUAGUCCAUUCACCAGAUACGCAGUUCGUGACAAAAUGGCUGGUGCCGCGGCAUCUUGUAUAGUCCUUGGACAGAAUGCAUCGCCCUACUCUUUUAUUAUUGACGUUUUUCAACCUUACCAUGAAGUAAAAUUCUAAAAUAAUAUGAAAACAUAUGCUUACGCUUAUGGCUA